UGUAUACUUUUGACCUGUAUUGUUGUCUUAUGAUUCUCCUAUGAUUUAUUACACAUACCAGCAGAGCACACAUUGCAAAUACAUAUAUUUAGUUCAUUUGGUUGUUAAAUAUGGAAAACUAUAAACUCAUAUUUGCUGCAGCUGAAGGGAAUCUAGAAACUUUGAGUUCUUUGCUAGAAAAGGGAGCUGACCCAGAUAUUUUUGAUGACACUGAGGGUCAUACAGGACUAAUAUGUGCCAGUCAAAAUGGCCACUUGGAUUGUGUCAGUCUUUUAUUGGAAUUCAAAGCAUCAGUUAAUCUUGUGGAAAAGCUGCCAUUGGUGUAUGGCAGUGGAGAUACUGCUCUUAUUUGUGCAGCUCGAGAAGGUCACACUGACAUAGUCACUGCAUUGAUUGCAGCAGGAGCUAAUCUGGAUAUCCAGGGGCUUGCAGGAAAAACUGCAUUGAUUGCAGCUGCUAUAAAUAACAAUCCAGCAUGUGUCGAAGUUCUCCUCAUUAACAAUGCAGAUUAUGAAAUAAAGAUGGAUAAUCAAUAUAAAAGUGAAGAUACUGCAUUUGAGCUUGCUAUUGCAAAUGGCAGCAAGCAGUGUGUUGAAGUCUUCAUUAAGCAUCAAAUGAAAUAUGAUGUUACAGUAGCCUUAUACACAGCUAUAAAGUACAACAGUCAAGAUAUCUUAGAUAUAUUGCUGAGACAUGAUGGGGAUCCAAAUGUGAUACACAAAGAUCAUUCUCUUUUAGCUCAUGCUGUUUUUAAGGCCUGUACUGCUGAAGAUCUAAGUGAGUCAAACAUGGCCUGUAUAUCAGCAUUAUUAAAGGCAGGGGCAGAUCCUAAUAAACAAACAAAACACUCUGACUUUACUCUCCCAUUGUCUUUGCAUGGAGGAAUACACACUGAAGUUCUACAGACAUUCAGAUCCACUUUGAAAAAGUUCCUAGGGAAUUACAUGACUAGGUGUAUGUACAUAUUGUCCCCUAUAUACAUUGCUUUACUUUGCUAUGCAUGUGAACUCCAGGCACGGAAACAAUUUCUGUUUCCUCCCGACAACAAGGAAAUAGGCUUACCAGUUGUUCUGAUGUUGCUGAAACACGGGGUGACAAUCCUUGAGGUGCCUCGCUGUCCUAAACAUGGUGAAGAAAUGUUCUACAUCUUACAUGCACUGUUGAUAAUUUUCUACCAAAAUCCCAAAAUGUAUAUUGGAUUCUUAAAUGCAGGAGCAAUAUACCGCUCAUGUAUAGAACUCCAUGUCAUCAAAAUGAAUUUCAGCCCAGACAUUUACAAUUGCUAUAGAUUGAAUCCAAGAAGUCACAUGGCUGUCUUGUUACCUGUUCAUACUGCAUUGUUAAAGCAAAUGCUCCCCAUGUCUGCUUAUAAGGAACAGAUUCAACAAAUGCUCCAUAGAUGUAAGAACAAAGACAUCAAGAUUGCUAUGGAGGAAGCCAUGGCUUGUGUUCCUUCACUGAAAGAUGUCACUAGGUGCUCUUUAUGGGACACCAUGUGGCCAAGAAAUGCAACUUUUAGCAAGCCUGAUAGUCCUCAAUAUGUUGACGUUAAGAAUGUGGUAGAUCAACUCCCAUUGCCAGAACAUCUUAAGAGGUACAUAUUGUACGAAGAUUAUCAACAAUUAUAUGAGGAUUUGACUAGUGAAAGCUCAAAUCUGUAACUUCAAAAAAUUGGGUGUGUCUAUUGAGUUCCGGGAUAAAGACCCCAAAUCAUGAGGAAGAAGAAAUCAAGGAUCUCACGCAUACAAGUCACUUAAGUCAUUACUCAAACAAAUAAUUAAUUAACAGGACAAUGUUGAGGAAUGAAAUCUCAUAAAUUCUUUUGAAACUAUUGAAUUAAUGCACAAUCUAAUUAAUAUAUACAGUUACAGGGUUAUAAGAGAGUGAAAUUAUACAAAGGUUUACCUUUGAUGGAGAUGAUCUUAAUCAUUCAUGCUAUUUCAUGGAGUUA